AUGGCGGAAGUGCUGCAAGCCCAGCACCAGCAACAGCAGCCGGAGCCUGUGGAGGCGCCCGAGCCCCAGGAUAUCGAGGAUGAGAGCGAUGCGGUUUCACUGAGUGGUACUUCUGUCCAGACUGAUACAGACUCCCUGAAGUCGAGCAUUCGCGACUAUCGUAGAGAAAACGGCCGGACGUACCAUAGUGUCAGCGAUGGAAACUUCCAGCAUCACUGUUGGCAGUUGACCUGGGACGGCAAGCUCUGCAUGUGCCCAAAGAAAGAUGGUGCCAACCGCGUUCUCGACAUCGGAACGGGGACUGGAAUCUGGGCAAUGGACUACGCGGACGCCCACCCCGAAGCAGUGGUGAUCGGAGUUGACCUAAGCCCUAUCCAGCCGGAGUACGUCCCGCCCAACUGCCGGUUCGAGAUCGACGACGUUGAUAAGGAGUGGACCUGGCAGGAGCCUUUCGACUUCAUAUUCGCGAGGCACAUGAACGCAUGCUUCGCCAGCUGGGAAAAGUUUCUCAAGCAGGCCUACGACAACCUGGAGCCCGGCGGCUACAUUGAGCUGCAGGACAACGCCUUCCCCAUCCUCUGCGGCGACGGGACUCUGAAGCCGGACGACCCGAUGGCGCGCUGGUCGACGCUGAUGAUGGAGGGCACGGAGCUCAUCGGGCGUCCGAUCACGGUGCCCGCAGCCUUCCGGCGCCUCCUCCAGGAAGCCGGCUUCGAGGACGUCGUCGAGCACAAGCGCGUUUGGCCCACGAGCCCGUGGCCAAAGGACGAGGCCCUCCGCGAGCUCGGCCUCUGGACCCAGGCCUGCAGCCUCGAAGGUGUCGAGCCCGGCGCCCUCGCCCUCUUCACGCGCGUGCUCGGCUGGACGAGGGAGGAGGUGCUCGUUUUCAUCGCCAGCGUCCGCAAGGAUUUCAAGAACAAGAACAUCCACGCGUACUGGAACGCAUACUCCGUCUACGGAAGGAAGCCUUUGAAGGAUGCCACCCCCCCAGCCCCCUCCCCCUCCUAA